UUGUUCUGCUGUUCUGCAUGGAACCCAACAUUAUUAUGAGGAAGUGAAGGGCGGUGGUUGAGAAGAAGAGCAGCAUCGGGCUAGCUGACAAGUCAGUUUGAAGUCAGGAAUAAAACAGUCAAAAUGUCUAGCAAAAGGGCUAAGGGAAAGACCACAAAGAAGCGCCCUCAGCGCGCCACCUCCAAUGUCUUCGCCAUGUUUGAUCAGUCUCAGAUUCAGGAGUUCAAGGAGGCCUUCAACAUGAUUGACCAGAACCGUGAUGGGUUUGUCGACAAAGAGGACCUUCAUGAUAUGCUGGCUUCACUAGGUAAAAAUCCAACUGAAGAUUACCUGGAGGCAAUGAUGAAUGAAGCUCCUGGACCCAUUAACUUCACCAUGUUCCUCACCAUGUUUGGAGAGAAGCUCAAUGGCACAGACCCUGAGGAUGUGAUCAGAAAUGCAUUUGCUUGCUUCGAUGAGGAGGGGACAGGCUUCAUCCAGGAAGAUUACCUCAGAGAGCUGCUCACAACAAUGGGUGACCGGUUUACAGACGAAGAGGUGGAUGAGCUCUUCAGGGAGGCCCCCAUUGACAAGAAAAGCAACUUCAACUACGUGGAGUUCACACGCAUCCUAAAGCAUGGUGCCAAGGAUAAGGACGAUUAAAGAGCCACACCAGCAUAUUCCUCUUCUCACUCUUCGCCUCUUUGUCAGCUAGCUCACGUGCUGCAUGUGUCAACUCUCCAGUAUAAAACCCAUUUUAAACAAACCAAAGCAAUAACUAUCCACUCUGUUUAUUGUGAACUUCCAGUAUUGCCAAAUCUAAACAUCUCGAAUGAGAGGACAAAAUUCUAGUCGGUCAUGAAAUGUUUUUUUUUCUCUUGUGAAGAUGUGAAGUGGCAGCAUAUUGGAAGCUCUAAGGGAUAAAUCUUUGCAAUUCAUGUGAUCGGGUAUAGCUGAAUUUUUACCAUUUUAUAAUAUAAACUUUUUAAAUAAAGCCCUCUAUCAAGUUGUAUUUUGCUGAUUUUUUUUUUUCCCCCCCCUUCCAUAAAUGACAACUGAAAUAA